AUGGCUCGCGCUGCGGAAUCACGGAAAAAGCGUCCAAAAUCCUGGAAUUUGGCGGUGAGACUUCCUCGAGUGGAUGUCGAUGUUGCUGCUGUUGAAGACAAUGUAGAGACAUCCGUUCAUCCAUCACAAGAUGAUCCGCAGUGCUAUCGCCACGUUCCCCAUUCGCUUCAUCCCUAUGCCUUGUUUCCCGUGGAACCAGAUGGGAGGGCACGUGAAUUGAUUCAUUUCAUGCAUAAUGAGGGCGAAUACCUCUAUCGGCCAUUCCGAAAUGAGUGGUUUGCGAUGGCCGUCAUCGAUUGCACUGCAUUCUACCUCUCAUUGGCAAACGCCGCGUUGUUCUUCCAUCAGAUGGCUCAACGCAAAGGUUGCGAGCACAGUGACUUUGAGGAGUCCUCAGCGUAUCUCAGCUUGUGUCUCAAUCAAGUUACAGAGAGGCUUGGGAAGGAAUCCGACCAUGUCAGCGAUGGCGUCAUCACGACAAUCUUGGGAUUUCUUUGCCACGAUUCCAGUGUUGGCAGAUGGGAUCGAUUCGAUGUUCACAUGAAGGGUCUGAAAGAUAUUCUCCGACUUCGUGGGGGCUUCCAGGCUCUGAAUAGAACCGUCGUCAUGUUCACUUCCUGGUUUGAUAUCGUUAGAGCGUCCGUUCUCGAUUGCAGGCCACGCUUCCUCCUUCCUGCUGACGUCUUUGCUCCGAUUGUACAACACGACAUAUCGUCUCCGUCUAUGCAGGAUCUCAUUGUACGAAUUCGACAUUUCUCCGAUGAACUUGCGGAAACAGCAAUCGCCCUUGAAAGGACUGCGCAGUUGGCAACGUUCGUAAACAAUAACGCCCAGAAUCCUCUGUUUUGGAAAGACGGUGCGACAGCAGCGAAAAGAAUCACGCCUGUCCUCCAUUUUCUACUAUCAUUACGACGCCCAACAGAUUCAGGUUCAUGCAGCAAUUAUUCGACCGAGCUAAUGCUCAGCGAGGUAGUCAGACUAGCCUUGUUGAUCUUGGUGGCCAGUGUGAAGCAAGCUUUCUCACUCAUAGCAGACGAGCUCACAAUCUUGCAGCAGCGAUUCUCGGCUCUUCUCUACACGGCACCUUAUGACACUCACUUUCCGGAACUCAGCCUUUGGGCGAUCAUUAUGGUCGCCUCUGUCCGGUCGAAUGAGUCGAAUCAACUACAUGCUAGCGCUGUUGUCAAACUGAUGAGAGGCAUGGGGAUCAGAAGUGGCAGAACUGCCGUUGAUAUUGCGAAAUGUUUAAUCUGGAUUGAUGAAUGCAUGGAGACGAAUGUCGCGAGAUUUAUCUUCGACAUUGACCGCGCUUCUUGCUCGUUCGAGACAGGCUAUAGAGACUAG